CCUUCUUCCUACAGAUAAAGCAGACUCUUUACCUUGCUCUGAGCACCAACCGUAAGUGACAACUGCUCUAUUUUGAGCAAUGGCGUUGUUCCCGGCGUUGCUGUUUCUGGCUGCUGUGUUGCUUCCAUUCCUUCCUGCAGAUGGACAGAAGUCAGGUUUUGCUGCUAUGGCAACCGGCCGAAGAGAAGUGCAAAGAGAGAUUGUAAAUAAACACAAUGAAGUAAGAAGAUCAGUCUCCCCACCGGCCAGAAACAUGCUGAAGAUGCAAUGGGACAGCAAGGCAGCAGCAAACGCCCAACGGUGGGCAAACAAGUGUGUUCUCAAACACAGUUCCUCACAGGAUCGAAAAGUUGGUAAAAGAAGCUGUGGUGAGAAUCUCUUUAUGUCAAGUCAGCCUAAUUCAUGGUCAUAUGCAAUCCAAAAGUGGUUCGAUGAGGGAAAUGAUUUUAUCUAUGGUAUGGGACCAAAACAAAAGAAUAUAGUGGUUGGACAUUAUACCCAGGUUGUUUGGUACUCAUCUUACCUUGUUGGAUGUGGAAUUGCCUAUUGUCCCAAAGAACGAAGUCUGAAAUACUUCUAUGUUUGCCAAUAUUGUCCCAGUGGUAAUAUUGUCGGCAGAAGCCUUACUCCCUACCUCAAAGGAACACCUUGUGCCAGCUGCCCUGAUCACUGUGACAAUGGAUUAUGCACCAAUGCUUGCGAGUAUGACGAUAUGUAUUCUAACUGUAAAGAUUUGAAGAGCCAAAUGGGCUGCGGAAAUGAUUUUGUCAAGACGAAUUGCAAAGCCGCCUGCAAUUGUUCAAAAAAAAUUUAUUAAAUGCCCAGUAUAGACUGAUCAUGGUUAAGUGGAAGGGAGCCACAUCUACUUACACUUGACAUUUAUUAGCAAAGAAAUCAUAUACAUGUUAAUUAUAAAUUUGAUUCCAAAUAGUUAUAUCUUUUUCUCCUGGCUCUGCUUUUUACUUUAGAGAAAUGUCUUUCAUCCAAA